CGGGAUUUUUUCGUUCAGUGGUGAAGAAAAAAAUGUCUGAAAAAAUCGAGGUCCAAUUGGGGGCCGAACUAAUCUUAAAUCUUUACCGAAGGUUGAUUUAUUGAAGUUACUAUAAGUUGUCAAUUGUACAUAAAAACUGUCAUAAUGUCUAUUGAAGAUUUAAAAUCCACCAUUGCCAAAUUGCAAGAAAGAAUCCAAUAUUUGGAACAACAAGCUGGAAUUGUUCCAAAAGUUCCAAAAUCCAUUAGAAUGGUCUUAAUCGGACCUCCAGGUGCUGGUAAGGGAACUCAAGCUCCAAAUUUAAAAGAAAAAUUCUGUGCUUGUCAUUUAGCUACUGGUGAUAUGUUAAGAGCUCAAGUUGCUGCUAAGACUGAAUUAGGUCAACAAGCUAAAAAGAUUAUGGAUCAAGGUGGUUUAGUCUCUGAUGAAAUUAUGGUUAACAUGAUUAAAUCUGAAUUAGAAAACAAUAAAGAAUGUGCUAAUGGAUUCAUUUUAGAUGGUUUCCCAAGAACCAUUCCUCAAGCUGAAAAAUUAGAUAGUAUGUUAACUGAACGUAAAACUCCAUUAGAAAAGGCUGUUGAAUUAAAGAUUGAUGAUGAAUUAUUAGUUGCUAGAAUUACUGGUAGAUUAGUUCAUCCAGCUUCUGGUAGAUCUUAUCAUAAAUUAUUUAACCCACCAAAGAAAGAUAUGAUUGAUGAUAUUACUGGUGAACCAUUAGUUCAAAGAUCUGAUGAUAACGAAGGUGCCUUAAAGAAGAGAUUAGUUACUUAUCACAAACAAACUGAACCAAUUGUUGACUACUAUAGAAAAACUGGUAUCUGGAGUGGUAUUGAUGCUUCUCAAAAGCCAACUAAAGUUUGGUCUGAUAUCUUAAAAUGUUUAGGCCAAUAGAUUUAGCAUUUGGAGAUUGGUACAACUAAAAGAGUACAAAUAUAUUAUUGAUAAUAUCAAAGUAUAUAGUAUUUAUGUAUGUAUAUAAUUAUAAUCAUGAUCCUAGAAUAAAUCAAAAAUUACUAUUUAUUAUUAAUUUAAUUU